AAGUAGUAGUAGCUUUCUCCACCAUCUCUCUCGUAUAUAUCAACAUUGUCGGGAGGCGAGCAAGUUCAUGCACCCCACUCUCCCACCCCACACACAUAUAAAUAUUAUAUUAUAUAUUAUAUAAUAUACAAACCAAACCCUAAUCACCUUAUUCCAAACAUCAUCAUCAUCUUCUUCUUCUUCUUCCGUAUUAUUUUUUUCUACACAAUACUAUAUCACUCUCUUACUAAACAAUAACCAUCUCCCUCCUCCGAUCUUCCAUCUAUAUAAUUAGUUUUUUUAUUUUAUUUUUGUUUUUCAAGUUAUGUCGAACCGGUGGUGGACCGGGUCCAUGGGUCUGGAUAACUCUGGGGACUCGAUGAGAAAAGCGGAUCUGGGGUUUUCCAUGAACGAGAGUGCGGUGACGAACCACAUAGGGGAAGAAGAAGAGGAGAAGGAGAACAGCGACGAGCCAAGGGAGGGGGCCAUCGACGUGGCCACCACGCGCCGCCCAAGGGGGCGUCCACCGGGCUCAAAGAACAAGCCCAAGCCGCCCAUAUUCGUCACCAGAGACAGCCCUAACGCGCUGCGAAGCCACGUCAUGGAGGUAGCCGCCGGAGCCGACAUCGUCGACUGCGUGCUCCAGUUCGCCAGGAGGCGCCAGCGCGGGGUCAGCGUCCUCAGCGGCAGCGGCGCCGUCGUCAACGUCACUCUCCGCCAGCCCACGGCGCCUGGAGCCGCCAUGGCGCUCCACGGCCGCUUCGACAUCGUCUCCCUCACCGGCUCGUUUCUGCCCGGGCCCUCCCCCGCCGCCGCCACCGGUCUCACCGUUUACCUCGCCGGAGGGCAGGGGCAGAUCGUCGGCGGCGGGGUGGUGGGGCCGCUCGUGGCGGCGGGUCCCGUUUUGAUAAUGGCGGCUACGUUUUCCAAUGCAACCUACGAGAGGUUGCCCUUGGAGGAGGAUGAUCAGGAGCACGGUGGGUCUCCGCCGGGCCUGGGCGGUGGUCCCGGCGAGGCCUCGUCGUCGAUUUCGGUGUAUAAUAAUAAUAAUAAUGUUCCUCCGAAUUUGGGUGUUCCGAACGGGCAAGGGCAACAGAUGAAUCAUGAAGCUUAUUCUCUUUGGAGUCAUGCGAGACCACCUUACUAGAGAGGAUCAUGUCAUCGUGAUUCAUGAAGAAUCAUGACAUGGCUACAAUAUCUUAUAUAGAACUAUGAUAUGAGGCUUUCUUUAAUUGAGUAAGUUAAUUAUUAGCUCGAGACUUUAUUUUUUAUAUAUAUCUGAUAUAUGAUAAUACAUAGUUUAUCUGUAUAUUUCAUUUACUUCAACCGCUUCCGAUCUCCUCUCACUUUAAUAAGCAAUAACCUGGAGUGACCAUGGCGUUGCUUCUUUCUGUAAUUUCUUCGGUUUUACCCAAGUGACUUGAUUUUUAGUUUUCA